CAAUUUUUAUCUGCCUGACUCGCAAUAUGCGACCACUGACUGAAUGGACGGAGUCCGAUUCUCAACAACCCGACGCAUGCUCUAGACACUCAAGAUGUGCCUAUGGGCUAUCAUUCAAAUCAACCGCCUUCUGACGAUUCUCUCGACUAUUGCUUACUCGAUAGAAUAGUUUACCAGAGGUUUGAUGGUGCUCCUCGGUUUGGUAUAGCAGGUCUAAUGCUUUUCUUCUCAACAGUGUCUCUACCUCUCAGACAUCGGCUGUGAGUCCACUUAUUGACGACGAGUCUGCGAUGCAUAACAUAUAGAAUUGGAGGAG